AUGGCUAAACGCCUUUUCAAUCACUCCGCUAUCGUUCGCCUUAUACCUACCCCGACCAGGGGCGCCGCGCCGAUGGAGGUUCUCUCAUUUCGAGCCACCGCUCAUAACAAGCCCGACGUCCGACACUUUUCCAAAUCCCGGAAACACUAUAAAGACAACAGACACGAACCCCCAAACAGAGGUGGAUUCGGAUCUCGACUCCGCUUCGCGCUACGAAAUACUAAAGUCGAGUGGUACCCGAUCCCCGUGGGACUUGGCAUUGGUUUGCUAGGAAUCCUUCAUUUCUACAAAUCGCAGCGGACAGAACGGGAUCGCGCUCUUCAAGACACUGCAGCCGAAGACUGGGAAAAUGGUGGUCGUCCACCCAGACGACCACGAGUGGUGCCUUCUGGGGGCUGGCAAGUACAGAUCAUGUCGACUCUACCCCUGAAGGCCAUGUCACGACUAUGGGGUCGCUUCAAUGAGAUCGAGCUACCUUACUACCUCCGUGUUCCUGGAUUCAAGCUAUACGCUUGGGUUUUCGGUGUUAACUUGGACGAAGUUGCCGAACCAGACCUGCACACAUAUCCCAAUCUUGCAGCAUUCUUCUACCGGAAGCUAAAACCUGGGGUGCGCCCACUCGAUCCAGACCCACGUGCACUCUUGUCGCCUGCCGAUGGCCGCGUUUUACAAUUUGGAAUGAUCGAGAGGGGAGAGGUGGAACAAGUGAAGGGCAUGACUUAUAGUCUUGACGCUUUGCUGGGAUCGGCCACCCCUUCGCAUGCAGACCAUAGCAACCGAUUGGCUGACUCCGAAGCCGAAGAGGUCCAAAAGGAUGUUGAUAACAUGAAGUCAGAUGAAGAGUUCGCUCGCGUAAAUGGCAUCACCUACACUGUUCCCUCGCUGUUGUCGGGUGAUCCUGGAGCGGCACCGCAGCGACGGGCCUCGAUUGAUGCAUCAACAACCUCCAACACGUCAUCCGAAAAGAAGGUACACCAGGAGCUGGCUCUGGGCGAAGGAACGUCCUGGUAUGUGCCCAAGACGGCAGCUAAUCACGCGCUCUUCUACGUGGUGAUCUACUUGGCACCGGGCGACUACCACCGUUUCCACUCGCCCACCGCCUGGGUCGUAGAGAGUCGGCGUCACUUUGCAGGUGAGCUGUUCUCCGUGUCUCCGUAUCUGCAGCGUACUCUCCCUGGCCUGUUUACCUUGAAUGAGCGAGUUGCACUUCUUGGCCGCUGGCGCUGGGGCUUCUUCAGUUACACACCUGUCGGCGCAACCAAUGUGGGCUCAAUCAAAAUCAAUUUCGAUUCGGAGCUGCGCACAAACAGCCUCCUCACUGAUACUGCAGCGGACAUGGCGGCGGCUUUGGCAGCCCAGCGGGGCGAGAAAGAUCCCGGGUUUGUGGAGGCGACUUACCGGCACGCAAGUCCUACAUUGGGGGGGCAUCCGCUCCAACGUGGCGAGGAGAUGGGUGGAUUCCAGCUUGGCAGUACUGUAGUUUUGGUAUUUGAAGCACCACUUGGAAGCCGCAAAUCGUUCGACGCUGGCUGGACCGAUGCUGACAACGACCGCGAGGAUGGGUGGAAGUGGAGCGUGGAGAAGGGCCAGAGAGUCAAAAUGGGCGAGAAGCUAGGGUACGUGGCAGAGCAGACAUAG